AUGCUUGAAAUAAAAGGAGUUAAUGAAGAGGCCUUCAAGCACCUCAUCAAAAUUCCACCAAGAUUCUGGAGCAAAUCAAGGUUCCAACCAAGUUCAUGUUGUGACACUUUGGUUAACAAUAUGUCAGAGGCCUUCAAUUAUGUACUUGUCGCUGCUAGAUCCAAGCCCAUUGUGAUAAUGCUGAAAGAAAUUAGAGUAUACAUACUGCAGAGAUGGGAAUCCAAUAGGAAAAAGGUAACCAAAUACGAUGGCUUCGUACUAUCUAACAUCAAGAAGAGGAUGGAAAAGGAGUCACAAAAAACCAAUCAUUGGAUUGUGAGGCGUGUAUGUGAAUAUGACUAUGAGGUGAGACAUACUUCACUCAAUGGAGAAAAAUAUAUUGUCAACCUUUACAAGAAAGAAUGCUCAUGUAGACUACGGAUGCUGACUGGACUUCCUUAUUGUCAUGCAAUAUCUUGA